GUCGGUGAAGCGAAAUGAGAUAACACAACAAAUUUAGUUCUUUUUAUCAUUUAAAAUGUCAUUUUUACGCGGGUCCGCCAACUAUGUUUGGUGUACAACAAGUGUGCUAGGGAAAGGAGCGACAGGGGCAGUUUUUCAGGGUGUAAACAAACAUAAUGGAGAAACUGUUGCUGUUAAAACAUUUAACCAGUUAAGUCAUAUGAGACCCCAGGAAGUACAGAUGAGAGAGUUUGAGGUGUUGGAUAAAGUAAAACAUGAAAACAUUGUCAAACUCCUGGCUAUUGAAGAAGAGCAAGAAGGAAGAGGAAAGGUUAUUGUUAUGGAGUUAUGUACGGGGGGAAGCCUGUUCAAUCUACUAGAUGAUCCAGAGAACAGUUAUGGGUUGAUUGAAGAUGAAUUUAUUUUAGUUCUCUCCCAUCUAUCAGCUGGUAUGAACCAUCUAAGGGACAAUAACCUGGUCCAUAGGGAUCUCAAGCCAGGAAACAUUAUGAAGUUUAUCAAGGAUGAUGGUAGUGUAGUUUACAAACUGACAGAUUUUGGUGCUGCAAGGGAGCUUCAGGAUGAUCAGCAAUUUGUGUCUUUGUACGGUACAGAGGAAUAUCUGCAUCCUGAUAUGUAUGAAAGAGCAGUUUUAAGGAAACCUGUUGGUAAAACCUUUGGUGCUACUGUAGAUUUAUGGUCUAUUGGUGUCACACUUUUUCAUGUUGCCACAGGUAACCUUCCCUUUCGUCCAUUCGGAGGUCGUCGGAAUAAAGAGACAAUGUACUACAUAACCACCAAGAAAGCUAGUGGGGUUAUCUCCGGAGCACAGACAACUGAGAAUGGACCUAUUCAAUGGGGUAGAGAGCUCCCAAAUUCAUGCCUUUUGAGUCAAGGUCUCAAGAAACAUCUCACUCCAAUCCUUGCCGGACUACUGGAGGUCAAUCAACAAAAAAUGUGGACCUUUGACAAAUUCUUUGGAGAGGUGACAAAGUUAUUGUCAAGAAAAAAGCUUCAUAUUUUCUACAUGAACAGUCUGUCCCCCCUACGAGUUUAUCUGGACAAAGCACAGCACCUGGAGGAUUUUCAAAUGUUGCUCACAGAACAAGUAGAUAUUGAUCCUGCUAGUCAAAUACUGCUUCUAGAGGAUUCACAGUUGCAUAAACUUGUCGAUUCUAACACUCCAGGAACCUCUUUCCCAGACACAGAAUUAUGUACUCCUAUUAUCAUGUUUGCUAAGAACAAUAAUGCAAUCAUAUUUGGAGAUGACAGAGAGUUGGCAACCUUUCCUACCCUACCAAAUCUUGUCUCGGUGGAGAAUGAUGCAACUUUAGCUAAAUCUGCUUGUGCAGUGGGAUAUGCUUACAGGCGAAGGAUUGAACAGUAUUCCAUGUGCUCAAAAAUUAUGGACACUGCUGUAAAACAAUUAGUAGCGGUUGUGAAUCAGCAGCUGAUGAAACUGCAGGAUCUAGCGGACAAGUGUAAGACUAUAUUUAAUAUUUAUCAGGUUGUGAAUCAGCAGCUGAUGAAACUGCAGGAUCUAGCGGACAAGUGUAAGACUAUAUUUAAUAUUUAUCAGGUUGUGAAUCAGCAGCUGAUGAAACUGCAGGAUCUAGCGGACAAGUGUAAGACUAUGAGCAAAUCAACAGAUUCCCAACUUAAAUUCUUUCAGCAGUAUCAUCAGACAUCCAAAGGAAUUCUAGAAUCAAUAUCCGUCCCUUUAGACUCAGAUGAUAGUAUAGCAGACACAGUAAGGCAAGCCGAGGAUAUACUAAAAGAGGAAGUGGAAGGGUUUGCUCAACUGAACUCCCAGCUUGUAGACCUGGCUCCUGCAAUUGCCCAACUUCACAGAAGGUAUGCAGAUGAGGGACAUCUGGCCCGAGAUUGGAGUGAAAUGACAAGGGAUAUUAAAAGUAUAUCUACUGCUGCCCCUAGAGCUGCUACGUAUGUUAACAAGCUAAAGGAAUCCUGGCAACAUCUGCUCAGAGAUAGAGCAUCUAGAACCUUGACCUACAAUGAUGAGCAGUUUCAUAUUCUAGAGAAAAUAAAGAUGUCAGAAACUAUCAAAGUUAUUGAAGAUUUACUCCUUAAGGAAUGCAAGCCUUCUGUUCAUUCAAGAACUGAAUCAUUAACUGAUUGGUAUAAGAUGGCAAGCACUAUUUACCUACAGGCUGAAAUCUUGUACAAGGAUCUUUCAAUUUAUCAAGAUCAAAUGUCCUCUUUUUCCCUUGGUCUUUGUCACAAUCAGGAGAAAUAUAUUGAGCUGGUUGGUGAGGCUAGUAUAAGGUUGAGAGAGGUGAAGGAUGUAUCUCCUCCUACCCCAACCCCUCCUACCCCUACUCCUGUACCACACCCAGAUAAUUCAAGUGUCACCAGGGCCGUCAAGAACAUUCUCGGGACUCAGGAUGAAGUUUGGGGGCUACUGAGAGAAAAUAGUCGAUUAAUAGAUCAGUUUACCAGUUUAGCAGCAGCUGCAGGUCCUCUCGACAAUACCGAUCAUAUAAUACAACAAAUCAAUCUUCUGAACCUUAGUGUUUCAAAUAUGGAUACAUCUAAUCCUACUCAGCUGUAAACUUGGAUACAUCUAAUCCUAUUUAGCUGUAAACUAGAAUACAUCUAAUCCUACUCAGCUAUAAACUUGGAUACAUCUAAUCCUAUUCAGCUGUAAACUAGAAUACAUCUAAUCCUACUCAGCUGUAAACUUGAAUACAUCUAAUCCUACUCAGCUGUAAACUUGAAUACAUCUAAUCCUACUCAGCUGUGAACUUGAAUACAUUUAAUUCUACUCAGCUGUAGACGUGGAUGUCAUGGAUACAUCUAACUCUACAAAGCUGUAAGCUGAAAUAAAUAUAAUUCUGCUCAGCUUUAGACUUGAAUAAAUCUACUUCUUCUCAACAAAUGACUUGGAUACAUCUAAUCCUACAGUGAUAACCUGAAAACUCUGGAAUAGGAAGUCGACUUUUAGACUUAAGUUAUGACUUUAAAAAGUCGAGAGAACGCAAGGCACAGCAAUUGUGCAGUGUAAACAGACCCAUUUCACAUAAUAAGAUUUCAAUAACUUACUGGUAAAGCUAUAUGCUUUGUAACAUCAAAUGUACUUCAGUAUUGUUGUAAUGUGCUCCUGCUCUACAGUUUAUCACUGUACUUAGUAUACUUGGAAACCUUUAAUCCUAUUCAGCUACAGACUCUAAUAUUUCUAAUCUUUUAGCUGUAAAAUUAUACCCUAAAUGUUUUUAGAAAUUAUUCGUUCUUUUUUCUAAUUUUUUGGAACAUUCGCCUAUCGUCUAAAUGCACAAUGUACCAAAGUACACAUUUUACAAAUUUAGAUGUUGAUAAUCAAGAUAUUAUAUAUAUUCACUACAGGGUGUCGCAAUAAACAAGAUAUUGUUUCCUUGUAUUUAAUAACUAGCUUUAGUUGAUUCCAAAUGUUUUAAAUGUUUAUACGAUAAGCUUGCAUUUAAAAUAAAUACAUUUUUUCCGUC